GGCUGCAGGCGGCCGUCAGCAGCACAGCUCAGAGCGAGCGUCAGCUGGCUGAGCAGAGCAUGGUGGCAGAGCGGAGCGGCAGGACGGGCUGUUGCUGCUGGGCUUUGGCCAGGAGAGUCAGAGGAGCCGAACACUCCGGGUCACGCGUCCCACUCCUCGAGGUGCAGACAUGUUCGACAGCUCCCACUACCCCUUCAACUGCUUCAACUACGAUGGAGACGGAUACCCUUCCUCCAGCACUGACGAGGAGAAGAAGAUGUGCAGACCAGCGUACAGCUACAUCGCUCUGAUAGCCAUGGCCAUCCAGCAGAGCCCCGAGCAGCGGGUCACUCUGUCGGGCAUCUACGAGUUCAUCAUGAAGAGGUUUCCUUACUACCGCUCCAACCAGAGAGCCUGGCAGAACUCCAUCAGGCACAACCUGUCUCUGAACAGCUGCUUCAUCAAGGUUCCUCGGACAGAGGGCAACGAGAAAGGAAAAGGGAACUACUGGACUUUCGCCACCGGCUGUGAAUCCAUGCUCGACCUUUUUGAAAAUGGAAAUUUCCGGCGUCGCCGGCGCAGGAGGAACAUGAAAAUCGGUUUCCGUGAUUCAGGAGAGAUCCCUUUCCACCCUUUGGAGAGCCACAGCAAUCAGCGCGUACCUGCAGCCCGCCGCCCUGAACCCGACUCCACCGUCUGCCCUUCGAACCCAGAGAGGCCAAGGCCGCGCCCCCAGCAAAACCACCUCGUCCCCAACGCCACCCAGCAGGGGAAACCGGAGUCAGAGAUCAAGUUUAGCAUUGACUACAUCCUGUCCACCCCGGAUCCGCCCCUGCCUGGGCUCAGAUCCUCCCACGGGCCCGUUCACAUAGGGCCCACGGGGCCGCCCGUACACGUUCUGGAGCCCCAGCACCUGAACCUGCACUUCUGGACUCUGUAAGAGGAGCUUAGAGCAGAGACUGAACUCCCUCCUUCAUUGUUGUUCAUGUCCAAUGCUGGGAAGCACUGUGAGGACGUCCAAAGACAGAAGAGAAAGUCCACCAGAGGAGUCUUACUGACUUGAAAAUGUAAAAGAGGAGCAAAGAACAGAGGUACAGUGCUGUGUGAUGGAUUCUAGAUGCAAGAAAGUCAGGAACAGAGAGCGUCACGCCGUCGAAGAGUUCAUCUAAAAGAUAAUAUGUGAACAAUACAGAACAGCAGAGUGAAGCAUUCGUGUUGCCGUUAUCCUGUAUGUGCAGUGCUGACAUAGACUAGGCUUACACUACUCUCUAUAUGUAUAUACACAGGAGGUGUGAGCGCACGUGUGACGUGGCUUUAAGAAUCAAGUUAGGCCAAACAAGCCGGAUUUAUAAGAUCAAAUCAGAGGUUCAGGUGGUUUUCUUAGUGAAAGGAGGGUCGAUUCAGAAUCUUGUGGUUUCACCUUGUAAUCUGUCAUUCAGCCAGAAAAUACAGCCUGUUCAACCUGAGCGUGAUUUCUGAUUGGUUUCUGAUUAAUGCCACAUUUGGUUGUAUUGCUUCUCCUCAUUCUAGUGACUGUCAGGACAAACGUCAGAGUUCAGCUUUACAGUUUGGUAAAAACCUUUGAUUUUUCAGGCUCCAGACAUGUUUCAUUUGUCUGACACAAAAGGAAGUUCAAAUAUUUUCGUGUCAGCUAUCUUCAAUUCUAAAAUCACAUUCAUCCCUUCUCCCUCAUUAAAAAACGCAGGAUUAAUGAAUAUGCAAAUAUUUUCAUUUCUAAACUUUAACUCAAACAGCUGAGUAAAGAAACAAUAAGGGAAACACAUUUCUGAGAGGAGGCGGACUUUGACAUUUGAACUUUUUGUGAACAACGUCAACAGAAAAAAAGAUAAUUACUGGCCUCGUUUCAGCUCGACAUCCGUCUUUGUUUCAGUUGAAAAGACAAAAUGCUAAUUGUAAAGAUUUUUUUUGCAACCCACACACACUCAGCGCGUGAACCGAUCAGCAGAUGAUUAAAGCAGUUGUGUUUAUGAGGUUUGAUGGGACACCUGCAUGUCUCCACAGGCCUUUUCACAGAGAAGAGUUUGACCUGUCACUGGAAGGAAAGUGCAGGUGUAAAUAAUAAAACGAAUUACGGCUGAAUUCCAUUUCGCUGCUUCAGUUUCAGGGUCCUGUGCAUGCUGGCUCACUGCCGACGUGUUCCACACCCAUAAAACGUAUUCAUUCCAUACAGUCUUAACAGUUAAUAUACUAAAAAAAAUCCAUACUAUCUGUACAUUGUCAUAUUAUGCAGAAUAAAAUGGUACAAUGUGGUACAACA